CACGGAUGCGCCUCCGGAUCCGCCUCCUGAGCACAUAGCCCCGCCCCCAUCUACAGUGGACACAGCGGCGUUGAAUGAGGAGCCAGAGCCAGUGAUGACGUCACUCCCAGUGUUUUCCCGCUGACUAGACGCGCGUCGUCAAGAUGGCCACCUGGUUCAAAAUUAAAAUUCUUUUUAUUAAUGGGUGUAUUUUUUUUUGUGUGUGUGUGUGUGUCCAUAUACUAUAAAAACACUACACAGUGGUAUGAAGAUAUGCAGUUUAUCAUCUCGUGUUGCACAAUAGUUUCACUUGCUCACAUGUUCACCACUCCAAGAUAAGCUUUUUAUAUCUUUGUGCAACCAUGUAAUAUCAUAUAUAUAUAUCUAUCUAUCUGGAAAUCAUGCUUUCAGAAAAGAUGUUUUCAUGUUUUGCUCUAUUAAUUGUAAUAAUUAAUUGUAAUGCGCCGGGCAUAUAGGACAAAAAUAGGUCCGAAUUGGGAUAUUUUGAUAAUCUUUCUCUAACUUGUUCAGAACUUUAUAUUUUUAAUAUUUGUAUAGAAAAAUCACAAACACUGUUGUAGAGUAAAAAUAACUUUAGUAAUCAAAAAGCAUCCAAAAAAAACAAUACAACGGGUCUUGUCAAUGAGAACCUGUCUAUAAACAUGAAUCACUAGUACUUGAAAACACCAUGGGUCUAUACAUUCCAAGUAACUGGGUACCAUUUUUAUGAUGGUCUUUGGUAUGACCCACCCCUGAAUAGAACUCGCGAUCUCCCGAUCGAGAGGCGGACACGCUAACCACUAGGCCAACUCACGGUAAUGUGCCAUGUAAGGUACAUAAAAGGAGGUGUUUAUGACAAGUAGUGUACGUCAUAAGGCACAGCGGUAAAAGAUUUCAUGAUGUACAUGACUCGUCCAAGGGCACUGAAGGGGUUAAACAUAAUACAGUGUGUCCCAAAAGUCUCCAUUCAUAGGUGAUGGUUGGAUCAACAGUUCCUGGGUUCUCGGCUCGGUCGCCGUGGAUCCCCAGAUCUCACUCCACUUAAUUUAUACUUGUGGGAGCACAUGAGGAUCAUGGUGUACCAGGAAAUGAUACAGCACAAAGAAUAUUUAACGGAACAUUUUGAAAUACAAUGACAUGCAUAAUACCAGAGCUCAUCGUGCGUGUGAGAGACAACUCCAUCUGUGUAUACAAAGGAAUGGCAGUCAUGUCGAGGAUGUUUUAUAAAUAAAGUUACAUUUUGCUAAAAGUAUGAAUUCCCCCCCAUGUAUGGAGACUUUUUGGACACCCUGUAGAUUUUUUUUCCCAACAUAACAUCUCAUUAUCUCUAGCCGCUUUAUCCUUCUACAGGGUCGCAGGCAAGCUGGAGCCUAUCCCAGCUGACUACGGGCGAAAGGCGGGGUACACCCUGGACAAGUCGCCAGGUCAUCACAGGGCUGGCACAUAGACACAGACAACCAUUCACACUCACAUUCACACCUACGGUCAAUUUAGAGUCACCAGUUAACCUAACCUGCAUGUCUUUGGACUGUGGGGGAAACCGGAGCACCCGGAGGAAACCCACGCAGACACGGGGAGAACAUGCAAACUCCGCACAGAAAGGCCCUCGCCGGCCACGGGGCUCGAACCCGGACCUUCUUGCUGUGAGGCGACAGCGCUAACCACUACACCACCGUGCCGCUCCAACAUAACAUAUAAAAUUUAACAAUUGUCAGUGCUUGUAUCAAGAGAACUGCCUAUUAAUAUCAGAUCUUUUAUUUACACUAUAUGGCCACAAGUUUGUGGACACCAGACCAUCGUACCCAUAUGUGCUUUUUAAACAUACCGUUCCGGAUUUAGUCCCCUUUUGCUGUUAUAAAACGAUCCACUGUUCUAGGAAGGAUUUCCACUAGAUUUUGGACCUGUGGGGAUUUGUGCUCAUCAGCUACUAGAGUGUUUGUGUGGAUAGGGAAACGUGUCAAAUGAGUAGGCCUGGGGUGCAGUCUACAUUCAGUCCAUCCCAAAGGUACUUAGUGGGGUUGAGACCAGCGCUCUGAGCAGGACACUCGAGUUCGUCCAUCCCAGUGUUGGCAAACCAUGUCUACAUGGAGCUCGCUUUGUGCACAGGGGCAUUGUCAUGCUGGAGCAUGUUUGGGCCCCUUUGUUCAUCAGGGGUCCACAAACCUUUGGCUAUAUAGUGUAUGCAUACUUUUAUUGUUUUUGUGAUGAUUUUGUGACGACACAUUGCUACCUUAUACAAAGCCAUUUUACUUAUUCUAAAUGCAAACUAAUGUGAAUGCACGCAAUAAUUAAAUGAGGGGAUUCAGCACUCAUAGCAGCAGUCAGUACUGUUGAAGUAUAAGCACCUCAGCUGAGCAGUUUCCUGAAUGAGAAGUGUUUUAUGCUCUCUCUCUCUCUCAGUUAAGCCUGUGACUCGGCCUGCCCGGCCUGCUCAUAUCUGCUCCAUAUGCAACAAGCAGUUCAAGAACAGCUAUAACUUGCGCCGCCACCAGUCGGUCCACACUGGAGUGAAAAUGAAAGACCGAGCGGCUCGAGAGAAGGUGGACGCAGCGAAGGCGGGUCAGCGAGUGGAGAGGCAAACCAUUCCUCUCUCCCUCCUUCAGCUCUCCAUUCCUACCCCGAUCACAGUGGCUACAGAUCCCAUGAUCCACCCAACCCCCAUCAGCAACCAACAGGUUGAGACAGUCGCUGUAUCCAUCACUCCAGCAACAGUUGCCAUGACAGCAGCCCAGCCUCUCCCUGCUGCUGUAGUGGUGACUGGGACGAUGGUGCAGGUUGGCUUGAUUGGAUAUUCACAGACACUGAUGUCCGAUGAUGUGUGUUUGAAGUCAAAAGAAGAUUAUUUUCAUGCUGCACCAGCCAACAACACCGGAGAGAACCCCAGCCUUCCCAGCCCAAUUCAGAUCUCAAUCCCAAUCACAAACCCACACCCUAUUCCUACUCCAAGUCCAAGCCCCAGCCCCAACCCCAACCCAAAUCCAAACCCUAACCCAGUACGGAAGAACCAUGCAUGUGAGGCAUGCGGGAAGGCUUUCAGGGACGUGUACCAUCUGAAUCGGCACCGGCUGUCCCACUCAGACGAGAAGCCGUACUCUUGUCCCAUCUGCCAGCAGCGCUUUAAGAGGAAGGAUCGGAUGAGUUACCACGUCAGAUCCCACCAGGGCGGAGUGGAGAAACCAUACGUGUGUCCCCAUUGUGCCAAGGGUUUCUCACGGCCUGACCAUCUUAACAGUCAUGUGCGGCAGGUUCACUCCACAGAGAGACCCUUCAAGUGUCCGACGUGCGAGUCUGCCUUUGCCACAAAGGACCGGCUGCGUGCUCAUAUGAUCAGACACGAGGACAAAGUUCCCUGCCAUAUUUGUGGCAAACUGCUCUCUCCUGCUUACAUCACGGAUCAUAUGAGGGUCCACAACCAAUCCCAGCAUCAUGUGUGCCACUUGUGCAACCGCAGCUUCACCACACUGACGUACCUGCGCGUCCAUGCUCAGAAACACCAUGGGCAGGAGUGGAAAGAGAGCAGCAUGGGCCGUGGCUCGGGGCCUGGUGGGGUGCUGUUGUGCCAACUGUGUGGGGUCCACUGCAAGACUCCCACCCAGCUCCAGGGCCACAUGGCCACGCAUGCCAACCAGGCAGACCCUACGGUACCUGACCCCAUUAGCAGCAGCAGCACUUUAGCGGGCACAGUUUCCACAGCCACCCCCGUCUCCAGCCCUGCAGCCACUGUGGGCCUGCUGGUGACUGACUGCUCUAGCAUCGCUGCUCAGAGCCACAGCUAACCCCAGGCUGUAGGGGCAGAGAUGGGGAAGGGCAAGGGGGAUAAAUCACAGCAGCAAAUAGGAACAGGCUUUUACUUCAAAUGAAAAUGUUGCUCUGGAAAUUUUGCAUCCUCCUCCAUCCAUGCUGCCUCAGAGCCUGCAAGCAGUUAGCAUGAGCUAACUGACUUUUUAACAGCACGUCUGAAAACUCAAGAAGUCACUCAGUUCAAGCGCUUACAGACUCCCAGCCAGUCCCACUGGUUGGUUUGCUCUACUUUAACUGUUCUACGAAGACGGACAGUUGGAUUAAAUGGUGCAAUGCCUCCUAGUUACGUCGGUAGUUUCCCAAGGGAGAGGUUGUGAUAAAAUGAAGGCUGUCAAGUGUUGUCCCAUUUUAUUUAUAACCCGUCUCUAGUGAUCAGGAAUCUAGAAUGAUGAGACUAUGAUUUUUAGCUAUCCCAAUUGAUUCCCAGUAUAAAUUACCUUCAGUAUUUCAACAAAACAGCCAAAUAGGAUCAGGUAACUCGUCCAUAUUCUAGCACAUUUAAGAUGCCUCUGUAUAGGAGAUCUGCAACUGUGAGAGAGGGGCUUAAAACGAUGUUUCAUUUCCUGCCAUAAAUUCCUGAUGCCUGUAAACUGUUCAUUUAGAGUUAAAUGUACAACAUAGGAGUCACUUGUAUUGUUUGUGUGGAUAUAUUGGACUAUUGUUGAAUCUCCUUUUUUCCAAGAAAUCUCAUUGAUGUUAAUUUAUCUUUAAGCUUUUGACUAAGGAUGUGAACUUUUCGAUGUUGCUUGAGAAGCUGCAUAAUGCUCUAUCCUUUAACCCAUGUUUGUGUUUGAAGCUUUGUUGAACGCCAAAUCUUCGUUGCUGUCGCUGUGACAAUAUCUAAAUUAAUCAAUGUACAAAUGACAAACGUGCACCUAAUUAUACUUACUUUAACUAAA